AUGAGUUGGAAUGGAGUGGGGAAAUUAACAUUUAUUGAUGAAAAAAUGGAUGUUUCAAUGUAUUGUGAAAUUCUCAAAGCCAACUUGCGACCAUCUACUAAAAAAUUGAGAAUGGGAAAUGACUUCAUACUCUUGCAUGAUAAUGAUCCAAAGCAUACAGUUAAGAAAACGAAGGUAUACUUUGACAAAACAUCCAUGUUUUGGUAUACUUGGACAAAACAUCCAUGUUUUGGCAUAAAAAUUGGCAACCAAGCAUUUAGAUGUAAAAACAACUUGAAAAAAGUUAGAAUGAGUACAUGGGAUAAUAUAACAACAAAAGAGACCCAAAACUUGGUCAACUCAAUGCCAAACUGUCUAGCUGAGGCCAUCAAGGCUAAAGUAGGCCCACUCGAUACUAAUUUUCAUUAA